AUGGGUACCGUCACUCUGUUCGUGGACAAUCUACCUGAGGCAAUCCAUUGGAAGGGAUUAUGGCAUGUUGUAGGAAGACAAGGAGAGGAACAUAGUGUUUUCAUUGCUAGGAAACGGAGUCGUGCAGGUACAAGGUUUUCAUUUGUAAGAGUUGGGAACGAGAUGGAGGCAGCGAGGAUUAUUGAAAGAUUGAAUGGGCUCAAAAUAUUUGGCAAGCGGAUUUCAGUGAAGUUAGCUAAGUAUAGUAUAAGAGAUUCGAAGGAAAAAUCUGUGAGAAGAAAGAUGGUAUGGAAUCCAAAAAAAGGAUGCUUCUAUGCUGGUGGAGAAAGCCCAAGGGGAGAUUAA